AUGGAGAGCUCGGUACCCAACUUUGCAAAAGGAGUCUAUUCAGCUUUACGAGAAAGUUUCAUUCAAAGUCGAUCGGCGUACAUGCAGAUGGAGCAGGAAUCGGAAGACGAGGAUAACGGCAGAGACAUGUCACACAGCUUGUUUUAUUCUGUACAGCAACACCACGACGAAUUGGGAGACGACAGCAUUCCAUUGACAGAUUCACAUGGCUAUUCAGACCGUAGUCAACUCAUGUUUGAGAACGAAUCGACCGACGAGUCGCGGCAUGACCUUCAACAGUCCAAUGGGAAAGGCGACUCUAAAAACCGCACAAAUCCAGCGACGAUUUAUUUGGACGAAGACAGUGAUAUAGAACCACCUAUACCUACUACAGCACAUCCAGCAUCCGAAUCACUACUUCCCACAACAACUGCAUCUGCUGCGCCCACUAUACCCAAAGAGAUUACAUCAAUGAAGACCGGUCGCAAGCUACGUGAUCCAUUGUUUGCAGCAUUGUAUUGCCUAUGUAUGAUCAUCUUCCUAUUGUCGGGCUUGAUUACUCUCUUGUCUACAAACAGUCACGCAUUAGAAAGAGCCGCUCGUGGAACAAUGUUCAAGACAAUGAAGGAUAGCGCUGGUUUAAUCACCGGUAUGGCUAGCAUGUCAUUUUUCGCCGGUGCCAUAUGGAUAUCCAUUUUACGAACCUUUACCAGAGGGCUUGUAUGGGGUACCGUGGUGAUUAUUCCUUCAUCAUUACUGGGUAUAUUCCUAUGGACACUCGUUGAAUCUCGGCAGAGCAACAAUUUAGAUGGCGGCUUGACUGCUCUAUCAUUUAUGCCACUUAUCACAGCACUUGUAUACAUCAAGCUCCUUUAUAGUAGUCGCCAUCGUAUAUCCAAAACGGUUGCAAUCUUAGAGUUGGCGUGCGAUGUUUUGAGCUGCAAUCCCGGGAUCAUUGUCGCUUCAGUCCUUGUCAUGCUUAUAUUCAUUGGAUUUACUGUACUGUGGAUGAUUCUAUUCAGCCGGCUUUGGUUGCUUGGACAUGUUGCUUCCAAUGACAGCUCAUCCUUGGUUUGGAUCGUCAAUGACAACGUCUAUAUACUCGCAGCGUUUUACAUCUUUAUCUAUUUCUGGACAUCAGGAGUGCUCAUCAAUAUGCAAAGAUUUGUGUUGUCAGCUGUAACUGCACAAUGGUACUUUCAUCGUAACGAGCCUGCAAAAUCAUCUCAAGACAUCACAUGGAAAGCUGGUUUAUUGCAAGCAUCAUCGACAUCAUUGGGAACUAUUGCUCUUGGUAGCUUGGUGUUGACAAUUGUGCAAUGUCUUCAAUACGCUACACAAUGGAUACGAAAGUACUUUAAAAUGUCGUGGCCAUUUAUGACGGUGAUAUCUACGGUGUUGUCAUUCAUUGAAGGGCUCAUUAGCGAGAUCAACCAUUAUACAAUUGCGCUUGCAGGAAUUACCGGAGAAGGUUUUUACGUGUCAGCCAAAUCAAGCAGCAAGAUGUUCCGCCGAAAUCUUUUAUCCGGACUACUUGGAGAUUUGAUGACCAAACUCAUUUUAUAUGUUGGUUCCCUGGUGAUGGCUCUAUCAUCAGGUUUUGGGACGUAUAUAUUCGCGACUCACAGUCUACGAUCACCUUACGGGAUGCUAAUUGGUGUUUUGGCGUCUAUGGUGCCUUUGUAUAUGUCACGCUUCUUUUCCUAUACCAUGUCAAGCAUUGUUGAUGCGACUUUUCUUUGCUAUGCGAUCGAUCUAGACACGGGCAUGGUUCACAUGUCAGCUGCCCAUGACGUGUUUUCCGGAUUUGAGUAA